UGGACAAUACUAAUUACACACUCUCUGCGUCGUUGACUGACGGAUUUCUUCUCUCACACUGCAAAUGGAGUUUUGGGGUGCUGAGGUUAAAACUGGACAGAUCUUUGAGGUGGAAUUGGAGGAUGGUGGCUGUAGGAUCUUGCAUAUUUCACAGGUUGCCCUUGGUGAGGUAACCGGUGAUAAGAAGAAGGAAAAAGGAAAUGGAGAUGCUUGCAUCUAUCUUAAAUUCAAAAACGAGAAGUUUGUAAUUGGAACACUUUCCCAUGAGAAAUUCCCCCAGAUGCAACUGGAUUUGGUGUUGCAUGGCAAGUUUGAGUUGUCCCAUACCUGGAAGAACGGCAAUAUAUAUUUCACUGGGUAUUAUGUUGAUACAACUCAAGGUGGUGAUUCUGAGUCUGAAGAUGAGUUCCCUAAACCCACAGUUUCUCCCGUAACGCCUCAUGCUAUAGCAUCUGAUCCUACUACGUCAAAGCAGGUUAAGAAUGUGGAACCAAACAAAGAGGAGGAUAGCAGUGAUGAUGAGGAUGAAGACGAUACUUCUACUGAGGAUGAAGUGUCCAGUGAUGAUCAGGAACCUGGCCUGUUAGUCAAUGGUGAGUAUGAAAGUGAUGAUGAUAGUGAAGAAGAAAGUUCAGAUGAGGAUCAAGAGACACCUGAGGCUGAAAAGGCCGGACCAAGCAAGAAGAGGUCUGCCGAGUCAGCUAUGAAGACCCCUGCUCCCGGAAAAAAGGCAAAGCUGGUCACUCCCCAAAAGACAGAUGGCAAGAAAGUGGGCGGACAUACCGCAACCCCUCACCCUUCAAAGCAAGCCAGAAAAGCAUCGGCAACCACUGGUCAGGCAAAACAGAGUUCAAAUUCAGGUGGUUCAUCAUUCCUUUGCAAGUCUUGUGGAAGGUCAUUUGGAUCCGAAAAUGCUUUACAAUCCCAUUCCAAGGCAAAGCAUGGAUCUGCAGUGUAAAAAUAAGUCAAACAAUAUCUUUGUUUAAAUAUUGCCAUUUCUGGAGUGAACUAGUGGACUUGAUUAGUUUCAUGCUUAUGUGAAUGUAAUUG